AUGGCGUCUGCUUUUCUCCUCUCUCUGCUCCUACUCGUCAUAUGCAGUCACGGUGGCAUUGCCCAAGCAAAUGAAGCAGCAGCAGGCCACAAGGAAAGCAGAUAUGUGGUGGUGCCAAAAGCAGCAUUUCAGUCAUCAGAAGAAUCAUGUUCGACAUCGAGGGUGUCGUCUCCACAGUCAGGGCGUGUGUCCGUGCCACUGGCGCAUCGGUACGGGCCGUGCGCGCCAUUGCAGACCAAAGACGAGUUGUCUCUCGCGCAACGGCUUCACCGAGAUCGUGUGCGCACCAAGUACAUUACAAGGAGAAUGUCCAGGAGCACCAGACGGCAGAGCAGUGACGCUUCAACUGUGAGCGUCCCGACACGGCUGGGCUCGUCCUAUGACUCGCAGAAGUACCUUGUCACCGUGGGCCUGGGCACGCCAGCAGUCCCGCAGACCCUUGUACUGACCACCGAAAGCGACCUGUCGUGGGUGCAGUGCAAGCCGUGCAACUCCAGCAACUGCUACCCCCAGAAGCUCCCUCCAUUUGAUCCGAGCAGGUCUUCUACCUACACCGCUAUCCCCUGUGACUCACAGGAGUGCAGGGACCUGGCUGCUGGCAUCGGUGGCAAUGGCUGCACCAGCAACUGGGAAUGCGGGUUCUAUAUCUACUAUGGCAGCGGCGCCAACACGACCGGUGUGUACAGCAGCGACGCGCUGACACUUGGUCCGGGAGCCGUCGUCGAGAACUUCCACUUCGGCUGCGGUCACGACCAAGAAGGCCCUUUCGGCAACGAAGGCAAGUACGACGGCGUGCUCGCCCUGGGCCGCCUGCCGGAGUCCCUUGUGGGGCAGACGUUAGCGGAGCACGGUGGCGCCUUCUCGCUCUGCCUCCCGCCGACGGGGGACUCCACGGGGUUCCUGGCCUUCGGGGCGCCGGAGAACACAUCCGACUUCGUCUUCACGCCGCUGCUCACCAUGGACGACCAGCCGUGGUUCUACCAGCUGAUGCUCACCGGCAUCAGCGUCGGCGGGCAGCGGCUGGACAUACCAGCCGCGGUGUUCCGGGAGGGAAUGAUCUUGGCUUCGAGCACGACCAUCACGGCGCUUCAGGACACGGCAUACGCGGCACUGAGGACCGCGUUCCGGAGCGCCAUGGCGGAGUACCCUCUCGCGCCGCCGACCGCCCAGCUCGACACCUGCUACAACCUCACGGGGUACAACAACGUCACGGUGCCCACCGUGUCGCUGACGUUCCGGGGUGGGGCCACCGUCGACCUCGACGCCUCGUCCGGGCUCCUGCUCGAUGGUUGCCUCGCGUUCUGGAACACGGAUGGAGACGAAUACACUGGCCUCAUCGGCAGCCUGAACCAGCGAACCAUCGAGGUGCUCUACGACCUGCCAGCAUCACGGGUUGGCUUCCGCACCGGCGCUUGUUGA